AUGUCUGCCCAGGAGCCCACCAACAACCAGCUCGCCGAGGAGACCCCCGCCAACAAGGGCAAGGGUGUCGCCGAGACCAGCGUCGAGGACAGCGCCAUGGACGAGGAUGACAGCAGCUCCAGCGACGAGGAGGAGACUCCCGCCAUCGAAGAAAAGGACGGCCUCGAGGAGAUUGACCUGAACAACAUUGUCGAGGGCGGCCGCCGCACCCGUGGCCGUGUCAUCGACUGGGCCAAGGCCGCCGAGGAGAACCCUGCCCAGGACGACGAGGACGAUGAUGACGAGGACUUCCACGCACCCGAAGACACGGAUUCCAAGAUGGACACCGACUAA